AUAUAGGCCACUUUUGCCUUAUCUGAUUCCUAUACAAAGCUCCAAAAAUAUAUAUAGCAUUGAACAUGAAGAAAAAAGUUGUGAUUGAUAUCCCAGUCAGCAGUGAUAGGUGCAUAUCAAAGGCAAUGCAGAUGGCUGUAACUAUAUGUGGUGUUACGUCGGUGAAUGUAGAUAAGGGAAAAGGCCAUUUGAUUGUGAUAGGAGAAGGGGUUGAUUCAUUUGCAUUGAUGAAGUGCAUAAAGAGGAGGUUUAGGUGUGCUAACAUUGUGAGUGUUGAAGAAGUGAAACCUCCCAAUCCUGAAGAAGAAGCAAAGAAGAAGAAGGAAGCAGAAGAAAAGAAGAAAAAGGAAGAAGAAGCAAAGAAGAAAAAAGAAUGCAAAGAAGAAAAAGAAAAGUGUUGCAAAUCAUGUUGUAAUUGUUGUCCACCAUAUUGUCCACCAUCUUGCCCACCAUAUUGUCCACCAAACCCUCCAUGUGUACAAUAUUAUCCUGUAUGCCAACCUGUUUAUGAUAAUUAUAAUCCAUCUUGCUCUAUUUUUUGAUUCCUCAAAUAAAAUGGAAUUUUUGUUUCAACCUAA